UAAAAAAGCCAAGUUCAACCCUUGCUCUCUCUCUCUCUCUAUAAAUGAAACUUCAGGUCCUCUCAUCUCGCAAACUCCUUUUUGCAAAGAAGAAAAAAAGCUCUCAACGUUGUUUGUCCACUUUUUGUGCUUUGAAACCCGCAUCGGAAUCCCAAGGAAACAGCCAAGAGUUUCAAAGAAAUCAAGAAGACGACUUCGCACCUUUCUAAACGCCAUACCCACUUCCCAAGAACCACCACUUUGAACCUCCUCGAUCGAGACGAUGGAAUUCAAGACCAUAAAGAAGAAAAUGUGGAUCUUUUCUCCCUGAAAAUCUCUCUCUCUCUCUCUCUCUCUCUCUCUCUCUGUGUCUCUCAAAAUCAUUUCUCGAUCCUUGUCUUGUCUCGUGAUGGAAGUUAUGACCAUAAUUGCAAUAUCACUGACCAGCACCAACCGGAAAGCUAGCAACCAGCACAAUUUCCCCCUCCAAACACUCUCCUUUUGGUUCGCCCCCACCACCCGCCCGCCUGGCGCUUCCCUGUUUGGCCUUUGAAAAAGUUCCCGAGUUUUUCUGCUGUCAUUAGUUUCAUUUAGGAGAUCGAAGAGUUUCUAUAUGGCUCUCUACAGUAACUAUUGCGAUGGCUUACAUGGAUCGGACCCGCAUCAAAUGUUCGACCCGCUCUUGCUGGCUAAUGGGUCGGCACCUGCGAUGGACACGCCACAGUCGUUGGUGUUGGAUGGCGAGAAGAGCGAGCUUGUGAUCAAGGCUCCGAAUAGAGCGGCGAAGAAGAAUGUUCCGGAGGAGAAGGCGUUGGCUGCAUUGAGGAAUCAUAGUGAGGCCGAGAGGCGGAGGCGAGAGCGGAUCAACUCACAUCUCGCCACUCUCCGCGGCUUAGUUCCCGGCGAAGACAAGAUGGACAAAGCCACAUUGCUUGCUCAUGUCAUCGAGGAGGUGAAAGAGCUGAAGAAGACAGCACUGGAGGCAAGCAAAGGCCUUCUCGUGCCGCUGGAUGCCGACGAAGUCAAAGUUGAGCCGCUUGAUGACGCCACAGGAAAUGGUACGUUCUCUUUCAAGGCAUCUAUCUGUUGCCAAUAUCGACCCGAGCUGCUUUCUGAUCUCCGGCAGGCUAUUAAUGCCCUCCACCUGAAGAUUGUGAAGGCUGAGAUAUCGACUCUCGAAAGCCGCUUGAGGAAUGAGUUCAUCUUCUUGAGCGGCAAAGAGCAGUUUAGUUACAACUGGAGUUUGCAACGGCAGCUCCUCGCGAGCUCGAUUCGCCAGGCCCUCUGUAGUGUCCUUGCUAAGACUUCUAUAUCGUCUGAGUACUCGCCAAGAACAACGCUCCCAAGUAAAAGGCGAAGAGUCUCUUUCCUCAAUUCCUCGAGCCCAUCGUUGUGAGGGAUUGGAUUAUGAAAUCGGCAGACAGAGAGUAAUGUAGAUAGUCGGUCACAACAUACUCAUAUACAUCCUAAUAAAUGUCUGUGUACGUAGUUAAGAUUAAUACUUUCAGAAAUGUUGAACGUUUGAUAUGCGAAAGCUGACGAGAAGUUUGUAUGAGACUUGUGCUAGGAGUUUGUGUACACUGCGAUGUACAAUAGUAAGUGUGCUGUAUAACCGUUUCUGGACUCGGUUCAUGCUGAAAUAAAAGGAAGAAACUAAGUUCUACUGUGAA